CACUCCUCAAAACCCAAUUUAACCGCCUGAACGCCCAAAUCCGUCGAGACAUCAACCAACACCGGGAAAAUCAAUGGACCUCCACCUGCCAACAACUAGACUACAGAGACGAUCACCCAAGGACGAAAACUCGACUCUUCGCCGACGACACUGCAAUCUGGUCAUCCCACAAAUCCCCUURCGUCGCCGCCCARCGCCUCCAAACCCAACUCCGACACAUAGAAAAUUGGACCAACACCUGGAGAAUCAAACCUAACCCKAUAAAAUCCCAAUCCAUCACCAUGUCAUACAGAAAUUCAAGACGAGCKCGAACCCAACCCAUCCAACUUCUCCUCAACAACCAACAAAUUCCCCAUUCAAAAUCCAUCAAAUACCUUGGCAUAACCUUUUCCCACACAUGUUCUCUCGCCCCAGACAUCCAUGAAACCCUCAAAAAAGUCCGAAACCGAGCCAACCUCCUCUACCUAAUCCGCGGCCGUCUUCACGGCUGCKGUCCAAAAACCCUUCUCCACACCUACAACUCAUUCAUCCGUCCCGUCAUCGAAUAUCGUGCUCCAAUCUAUGCCUCRCUUCCCCCCAACCAUCUCCUUCAAAUAGCCGCCACCGAACGCCAUAUCCUCCGCAACAUCUUCCGUCUAGAUUUUCAAUAUCCCAGCCGCCUCAUUCACACAACCACUCAAACCACUCCAAUCACCGAACGCCUCACCAAACUCCAAAAAUCCUAUGUUUCUCGAACACUAAACAGUACAAAUCAAAUUGCCAUCCAAACUCUCCACACCUCCUUCAAAUAUCCAUUCACUAACCGUCUCAGCAACAGAAUUCCAAAAGUUCCCAAACUAAAAUACCGCCACCCACCCACCACUCUUCUUCAACCUUCUUACAAUACCCURCCACCCAUUCUCCAGGAAUUGAUUGACGAAACUCCACUUUCUAUGCGCUAACCUUUUCUCCUUCGACCAGAUUGCAACGGACAACAAUCAAGACCAUCGCCCUCAGGACUCACCGCCCACACGAAGACAACAUUUCUUAAUUUUAAUUUAGAUUAACCUAGUAUUAAGCUACAAUAUUUAAGAACCCCAUGUUAGUUAGUUUAAGUCCAUUUUGUAAUAUCUUAAGUAAAAAUUAAUUUUCACAUGCUGAAAAGGCCCUAAGCCUUAGCAGCGUCUUUUUCCCCUGUAACCAUAGAUAUAAGUUUUAAACUGUAAAACCAAACAAUAAACGAUUGUUAAA